AUUGUAAAGUUGAUGGAAAGGUGUACUACAAUGGUGAAAGAUAUAAAGAUGACUGUAAUACUUGUACAUGCGUUGAUGGUAAUUCUGUCUGCACAGAAAAAGACUGUCAGCCAAGCACAUGUGAGCACAAUGGAAUAAAGUAUGAAGAAGGGGAAAGCUUCCAAAUAGGGUGUAACAAUUGUCGUUGUAUUAGAGAAGGUGCAGCCUGUACCAAAAAGUAUUGUUUUCCAUCAAGUCAAGAUUGUAAAGUUGAUGGAAAGGUGUACUACAAUGGUGAAAGAUAUAAAGAUGACUGUAAUACUUGUACAUGCGUUGAUGGUGAUCCUGUCUGCACAAAAAUAGACUGUCAGCCAAGCACAUGUCAGCACAUUGGAAUAAAGUAUGAAGAAGGGGAAAGCUUCCAAAUAGAGUGUAACAAAUGUCAGUGUGUAAGAGGAGGUGCAGCCUGUACCAAAAAGUCUUGUUUUCCAUCAAGUCAAGAUUGUAAAAUUGAUGGAAAGGUGUACUACAAUGGUGAAAGAUAUAAAGAUGACUGUAAUACUUGUACAUGCGUUGAUGGUGAUCCUGUCUGCACAAAAAUAGACUGUCAGCCAAGCACAUGUAAACACAAUGGGAUAAAGUAUAAAGAAGGGGAAGGCUUCCAAAUAGAGUGUAACAAAUGUCAGUGUGUAAGAGGAGGUGCAGCCUGUACCAAAAAGUAUUGUUUUCCAUCAGGUCAAGAUUGUGAAGUUAAUGGAAAGGUGUACUACAAUGGUGAAAGAUAUAAAGAUGACUGUAAUAUUUGUACAUGCGUUGAUGGUAAUUCCGUCUGCACAGAAAAAGCCUGUCUGCCAAGCACAUGUGAGCACAAUGGAAUAACGUAUGAAGAAGGAGAAAACUUCCAAAUAGAGUGUAACAAUUGUCGUUGUAUUAGAGGAGGUGCGGGAUGUACCAAAAUGGCCUGUCAUCCUUCAAGUCGAGAUUGUGAAGUUGAUGGAAAGGUGUACUACAAUGGUGAAAGAUAUAAAGAUGACUGUAAUAUUUGUACAUGCGUUGAUGGUAAUUCUGUCUGCACAGAAAAAGAAUGUCAGCCCACUGUUAAAGGUUCAUGUCUUCAAGGCAGCGAUUGUACUGAUUUGGACUCUAGUAGUGUUGUGUUAGAUGGAAUCACUGUGUGUUGUUGGGAAUCUGAUGAACAACUGGUAAUCAACAGUUUAUCGAAUAGAUACAGUUGUACUUGUA